AUAUAUAUCAGUUAGCCCAGCAAGCCUAGCUCCUCUUUCCCGUUUUGUCAACAAAAUUUUGAAAUUCCAUCACCAUGCUGGUGAGCUGCCCGUUGGUUUGUCCAGUUGAGAAACUGGUCACGGAACUCAAGAAGCACCACGUGAUUCCCCGCCUGCUUGCCUGCAAGCCCACAAAGGUGAUCAGUGUGCUAUAUCCCUGCGAUAUCGACAUCAAGCCGGGCAUUAUGAUAGUGAUAAAUGAGACGCUGAAGCAACCGAUCAUUCGGUUCAAGGCCGAUCCGGAACACUUUCACACGCUGAUGAUGGUCGACUUGGAUGUGCCGCCGGACAAUCAUACGGAGUGGCUCAUUUGGAUGGUGGGUAAUAUUCCGGGCUGCGAUGUCGCCAUGGGGCAGACGCUUGUCGCCUACGACAACCGGCGGACCAUCCACGGCAGUAACGUCCAUCGCAUCGUCUUCCUGGCCUUCAAACAGUAUCUGGAGCUCGAUUUCGACGAGACUUUCGUUCCCGAGGGCGAGGAAAAGGGUCGUGCCACCUUCAAUUGCCACAAUUUUGCCAGGAAGUAUGCGCUGGGCAAUCCAAUGGCUGCCAAUUUCUAUCUGGUGGAAUGGUUGUGGCGAUGGACACCAACUUUCCUUGUCUCGGAACAUGAAUUCGAACAUUUAAAUGAAAAUGAAUAAAAGCUCGUAGUUUUAAAUUAGUCUUGUUUUUAUAAUACAGUUCUUGGGACCACUAUAAUGUCAUAAUUUUAUAUACAUAAUAAUAUCUGAAACUUGAUCUGAAUCCAAUGAUUAAUAGUAGCAUUCAAAAGAUAAUAGGCGUUUACUAAUCAGCAAAAAAUGAGAAGUUAAUUGAAACAUCGCGCUGUCCACGGUAAUAAAUGCCGUGUAAUUUUCCGAUUUCUCGCUUUUUGAUAUCACCUAUUAAUCAACGUUUUCAUGAAUAUUUCCAGAUGACGAGGACUUCACCUCGUCCGCUGGGUACGAUGCAGAUGAUGGG